AUGGCAGAGAAAUGGGAGAUACAGGUGGAUCGGGUCUUCAUCGGUCUUACCGAGAGCUACCUCUGCUACACUGUGGUUGAGCAAAAAAAACUCACAAUCCUACUGCAGGACCUCUCCUUUGUGACAGACGAUAUCAAAGUGUACAGCGAGAGCGGUUAUGUUGUGGUUGUGGGAGAGGUUGAGGCUGUGAAUGAGAGGAUUUCAAUCCUGGAAAAGAGUCUGCCAACCCGGAAAGAAUUGCCAAUUGCGGAGAAGCGGUUCAAACUGGUGGAAGAAGAGUUCUGUCGAGAAAUGCGUGCGCAUUGUUCAAAAGUAAAAAUCCACAUAGGACAUGCUAUGAUCACUUUGGAUGGCCCUGACAUGGAGGUGCAGUCAGGAGCUACGAAACUUGAUGAACUAAUCAAAAAGGUAAAGGAAAAGAGAGUUAAACUCUGCGCAGCUUUAAUGGACUUUAUAACGUCCAGUGAUGUCAUCUCCAAGUACAAGGCUCGCUUCCAGCAGAGCCUCAGAAGUCCCGUUUCCCUAGAGGCGGGGUCCGACCUGGUCCUGUCCAGCUUGUCCUCUAAUGCCCUGGACGAGGCCGAGGUAGCGAUGCAGAGAGACCUUACUGUGGACGAUGUGCCGCUGCAGGGAGCUGCAGCUGUACCUCCAGACCUAAACAUCGUGAAGGACAUCCUCAACAAAGUCAAGAACAAGGCCAACUCUCCAGAGCUCAGAGUGAACGUCAGCUUCAUCCCAGAAGUCAGUGGAACCGCAACCGCCAAAGUACGACUGGUGGGCUACCGUGAAAAUGUGAACAAGCUCAAAGAGGUUCUGCAUGACUACCAGAUGAACCAAGUCGAGACACAAGAGAUGCUGAACCUACCGCAUCCUGAACUGCUUGACUGUUUUCAUAAAUUUUUAAGCCUGAUUGGCAUGAAGCAGACCAAGGUGACCUUGAAGACCUCCCCAUUGCCACACCCAUGUGUGCUCGUGUCUGGUCCCCGUUGUCUGGUCCAGGAGACCCAGCAGGCCCUAAUCUCAGCUCUAGCCAGUCUGAUGUCAGACACGUUGGUUCUAGAUGGACCAGGGGCUCAACGCCCCAACCUCUUCCCCAGCAGCCCCAACCUCUUCCCCAGCAGCCCCAACAUCUUCGCCAGCAGCCCCAACAUCUUCCCCAGCAGCCCCAACAUCUUCCCCAGCAGCACCAGCCACUUUCCCAGCAGCACCAACAUCUUCUCCAGCAGCACCAUGAGCUUAGCACCCCAACCUAUCUCCAGAUUGAGCAGCAGUACUGUUGGGAGUAUUGCAGUAAACCAGACAAGUCUGGAGAUCCGGCUUGGCAGUUUGGUGGAUGAGCAGGUGAAUGUAUUAGUGGUGCCCAUGCUCAACGGGCAGCUAACUUCUACUAAAAUUGGUGAAUGCCUGUUGAGUAAAGCCGGGAAUGCGAUCAAGUCAAAGCUUGUCUGGAUGGCAGCGAAUGGUAGUCUCGUCCCUGGUGAUGUUCUGCAGGUCGGUGCGCCUCCAUCUCUGGGCUGCACCAAGCUCUUCUUCAUUGAGUGCUUUCCGUGGGAUGGAGUCAGAGGGCGGAGUGUGCAGGUGCUUAGCGAUGGGCUGAAGAGGUGUUUGGACCUUUGUGUACAGCAGGGCUUGUGCUCAGUGGCCUUCCCUGUUAUCGGAUCUGGAAUUGUUUUGAAAUACCCGCUGAGAGAAGCCAUUCAAGUGCUGACUGACAACAUUCGCCAGUUUGGAUUAACUGCAUCCUCUGGGUCUCUCUCCACCAUCCACAUCGUCAUUAAACCAGACUACCCUGACUCUGAGGAGUGCUACCAUGAGGUCCACAGGCACCUCAGCUUAAAUAUGAAUCAGGGAGGCCAAGCGAUCUUCAGGUCCCUCACCAGUGACCUCGAUGACAUCACAAUGACAGUGGGAUGCGGGGUUAAACUGCAGCUGGUGUUCGGUGACAUCACUAAUGAGACGACAGAUGCUGUGGUGAACACGACCGACUUCAUUGAUUUUCAGAAAGAUGGUGUGUGCAAAGACAUCUUAACCGUAGCUGGACCAGCGGUGGAGGCUGAACUCAGAGCAGCAAAAUGGAUCCGAGGAGACGUUUUUGUUUCCCAGUCUGGAUCUUUCCCCUGUUCAGCCAUUUUUCAUGUCUGUGGUGAAAAGGACGUAGUCCUCAUUGAACAACUGGUGCGUGGCAUCAUUGAUUAUUGUGAAACGUUUGAGUUCAAGUCUGUCGCCAUUCCUGCCAUCUGUGCUGGAGUUGGUGGGUUGGACCCUGGUGUCGUGGCAGGUGCCAUCCUCCGAGGGGUCAUGGCGGCCACUUCGUCCACUCCUCUUCAAUGUCUCACUAACAUCCGCAUCGUCCUGAUUAAAAUUAAAGUCUUCUUGGCCUUUAAAGAGGAAGCAAUGCAAAAGUUUCCCACUGCUGUAAUCAACAGAGUGUCAGUACCUCAGGUGCCUCGUGUACAACAGCAGCCUCCUUUGUCUAAGAGCCCAGAUACAAGCAUCAACUUCACCAGCUCUGCAAGUCAGCAGUCCGUCUUCUGGUUCCUGGGUCUCUCCAGAAAGGAUGUUGACGAUGCCAUGACAAAGGUGAUGGAUCUGUAUCACACUCAGUGCUCCACUAAAACCUUUGAGAAGGAAGAGCUGGCAGGCCUCACCCAGGACAACAUGAAGGAUCUGAAGCAGCUGGUGGACACCGAAGGUCUGUACAUGCAGAAGGACCAGUCCGGCCGGGGCACCUUGACAGUGAGCGGGUUAAAAGAUGGGGUCAACAUGGUGAUGCAGAUGGUUAACGCCUCCCUGCACGGCAGCCUCAGAAGAGAGGUGAGAGUCAGGGAGGAGGAGGAUCUGUUCGCGCGUGUGACUUGGUGCAUCUUGGGACAUGGCGGUAACUGGGAGAGACUCCCCAAGACAGCCAAUCACAACCUGGAAAACAAUGAUGUGGCAGGAGGGAUAGUGGACGCACAGAGCGUCCAGUGGUCCGUGGAUCUACGGAGGAUGGAGGCCACAUGUCGAUUAACUGGACAGACGGCGAUGCUGAAACAACUUGAGCAUCUCUCAGACUUCUCUGUCCCUCUGUACUGGGACAACAUGGCUGCCAGUGAAGCUUUCAAGAAGGUUCCACUGCAGCCGUCCUCGGCAGAGUACCGAACAGUGAAGGAGGCCUUCAAACGAACAGUCCAGAAGGCUGUGAUGAAGAUCGAGCGCUUGCAGGUUGUCCAUCUGCGACGCGUCUAUGAAGCGCAGAAGCAGCACAUCUCUGAUAAGAACAAACACCAGGGUGGAGCGCGUGAAAAGCUUCUGUACCACGGGACGACUCAGGACAAUUGCGACUCCAUCAUGAAAACUGGGUUCAACAGGAGCUUUUCUGGGCAGAACGCGACCGCACACGGUCACGGAACCUACUUUGCCGUGGACGCCAGCUACUCAGCCCAGCCCACCUACUCCAGGCCAGCUGCUGACGGUUCCCAGUUAAUGUUUGUGGCGCGAGUCCUGACCGGCGUCUACACUCUGGGUCACAGCAGCAUGAGGUUUCCUCCCGCUCGCAGUGACCAGCAGUCCAGCGACCGCUACGACAGUGUGGUGGACAACACAGCCUACCCCAGCAUGUAUGUAGUGUUCCAUGAUAACCAAGCGUACCCAGACUACCUCAUCACCUUCAAGUGACUAUGAGGGAAAAGUGAUGCAUCUUACACUGUGCAAGUUAGAUAAGUGUCCGCAGAAUGGAGUAAAAGAUAAACUUUGAUAUUUAGAUAUUUUUGUGUAUGUUUAAUUUAAGUUAUGGUUCCACAGAGUAUGUUUGAGGGUUAGUAUCUCUCCAGGAAUGAGGAUGUUUUACUUUUGCACUUUUGUUUUCCAUGUUACUAAAUGUACUAUUGCUGGCUUUGGAGACAGUUUUGAAUUUGUUUUUGUGAACCAUUGCUUUAGUGAUCAGAUUGAUAUAGUUCAGAGUCAUUGAUGGUUGCUCUUUAAUUGUAUAAUUUUAGCCUUUGCUGCUCAUGAAGUUAAGAUGGAAUGAUGCCAACCAAUUAUGAGCGCUGACUCACAUAGACACACAUCUGGGGAAUAUAUUGUCACAAAAUGAUGCAGUUAUCAAUCUUUUAUUUGGUUGAUAUUUGCACAUGUUCUUGUACAAAGAAAAAUGGGAAGAAACAGAAUUUCUAGCUUGAUAUUAAAAAGGUGGAAAGAGCAGAAACUUUAAUCAAUGGAAGAUGGAUCAUUUAUUAUUGUCAGAAAUCUCUGUUUACCACUUCACUAGAGUAAAAUAUGGAAGGUCUUUAUUGCCCUUAUCAGGAGUAUUGAAUGAUUAAAUGAGGGAGUGAUGUCAAACACAGCUGUACUCACAGUGUACUGGUGUAUUUUUGAGUUAAAAUUAAUAAACUAAAAAGAAAGGAAGUAGUAAUCAUCAAUGUACGUUUUUCCACCACAAAUAAAGAGAAUAUCAAUUAAGCUUUUGGAUCAAUUGUUUGCAGUAUUUGGCCUCAUCUAGCAACUGGAACUUCUCUUGUGAUUAUACACAAAAGACAAUAUGCCAACAGAGCCCCCUAAAUGCUACACACUGUUCCUUUAACUGCCAAAAUAUUCAUCAUGCUUGCACUUUAAAAAAACAAAAUCUGUAUUUUGUAGAUCAAAGAUCUUUUUUCUUAUGACUAAAACUUCUUCCUAUUCUUAUCAUAAAUGCUGAAGCAACACCUGUUAAGCUGUUGUAAACCUACCGUUACGUAACUAUGUUAUAGGUUUAUAUCUUUUAAGUGAGUUGAAUGUUGUCUGGCGUCAGUGAUCCUUCAGGGCUCGAUGGUGACGGACGCCGUGCCGUAGACCUGCCUGAGAGCAGGACAGUCCAGAGAAGCGAUCAGCCUGCUGCUGCCGGCCCUCUGCGGGAUGAAAAACUCGCUCCAGGUCAGAGAGGAGCCUCCUGUGAUCAGGCUGAAACCAGCAGAGUUAAGAGUUAGAGGCCACAUGGACUGCGCAGAUUUUUGGUGUCAUAUCAUAGAUAGUCAAGACAUCAAAACUACUGCGUCAAGAAGCAGUAAGACUUUAUUAUAAGGGUACAAAAACAUGGCUGAUUUCUUUGGUCUUGUGAACAGAACAUUGACUUAUCAUCAAUUAAUGAAAGGUUAGUUGCUUCAUACAUUAAUUUAUAUGCUGCCAAAUUAUGUAAUAAUGCACAUUUGUAAGAAUCUCUGCAGCAUAUCAUGUAAAAUGUUGUGCUACAGAACCCACGCAUAGAAAUGAACAGAUGAAUGAAGGAUGCGACGUU